AUGGAGAGGGAGAAAUCGAGCCGUAGACACAGAGAUUCCGGUUCGCAAAAAGAUAGAGAAUCAUCCAAAGACCACUAUAAACACCACCACCACCGUUCGAAGCACCGAGAUGUUGAAGAUGACCGCCACCGAUCUGACGACCAUUACCACAAGCGUCGCGAGCAUUCUAUCGACUUCGAGAAAUCAAUUGACCAUAGACAUGAACGAGAGGGAAGCAGAGAUCGAGAAAAUAGGCACAGGCGUGAGAAAUCUUAUGAGGAGAGGACUUGCGAAAGAGAGGACUCCGUGGAGAGAAAGUUGUCGGAAAAGAGGAAAGUGAGAGAGGAGAGCGAGGAAAUGAAUGGCAGAAGUGGGGAUGAGAAGAGAGCUAGGGUUCCGGAAGAAAACGGGAGGGUAAGUCGAAGAUUUGAGGAUAAUAAGGUGAAGGAGGAGGAACAUUUGGAGUAUGCUAAAGAGAGGAAAGAUGAAAGUAGUUCUGGGCGUGAAAAUCAGCCAAUUGACAGCGGCCAGAGUAAUGGGACUGGUCGAAUUGAUACAGGUGAUGCGACUGGACCUCUUGCUAUGCAAUCAAGCAUGAUACCUGACAUUUUUGGGAAUCACAGUCAUUCUUCUGCUACCAAGGUGUCUUCCAUUUAUACUAGAAAUGAAAAUAAGGGAGUUAAUAUUAGCAGAUCUCAUGAGGUUCCUGAUAAAUUGAGUACAGAUGGGACAGCUUCAGAUGCUGGAAAGAGUGGGGGCUUAUCCCUUGAUGCGUUAGCAAAAGCCAAGAGAGCUUUACAAAUGCAGAAGGAGCUUGCGGAAAGGAUGAAGAAGAUUCCUUUGUUGAACAAAACUGCUGGCUCAACAAGAGAGGGUAGUCUACAAAAGGGUCAAAAGGAAGCUGUUAAAGUCCCACCCUCCAGUAAAGGUUUAUCGUCAACUCCUGUUGCUUCAGCAACUGAACCAGGUGUUUCUGCUGGAGUAAAUCCAAGCACAACUACUUUACCUGCUGUUGCUUCUGCUUCUGUGAACCCACCAAGUGGCUUACCUCAUCUGACUGGGCUUACAACGCAAAAAUAUGAAGCUGUAAAACGUGCACAGGAGCUGGCUGCCAAGAUGGGGUUUCGACAAGAUCCAGAGUUUGCUCCCCUGAUUAAUAUGUUUCCAGGGAAGAUGUCCCCCGAUGUUACCAUGCAGCCAAAGCCUGCUAAAGCUCCUGUUCUUCGUUUGGAUGCCCUAGGCAGGGAAAUUGAUGAGCAUGGCAAUGUGGUGAAUGUUCCGAAAGUGAAUAACUUGAGCACCCUAAAGGUAAACAUCAACAAGCAAAAAAAAGAUGCUUUCCAAAUUCUAAAACCUGAACUUGAGGUGGAUCCUGAGAAAAAUCCUCAUUUUGAUGCAAAGAUGGGAAUUGACAAGACUAAGCUUUUGAGGCCUAAAAGAAUGACUUUCCAGUUUGUUGAGGAAGGCAAAUGGUCAAAAGAUGCUGAAAUCAUUAAGCUGAAGUCUCAAUUUGGGGAAGCAAAAGCCAAGGAACUGAAGGUAAAGCAAGCACAGCUGGCAAAGGCAAAGGCAGAGCCAGUUAUGAACCCGAAUUUGAUAGAAGUAGGUGAAAGGAUUAUCACCAAAGAAAAAAAGAGGGAUCCAAUACCCGAGGUGGAGUGGUGGGAUGUGCCCUUUCUACAACAUGGUAAUUACGGUGAUAUUGCUGAUGCUACUGUAACUGAAGAUAAAUUGAAAAUGGAAAAAAUUACCAUAUAUGUUGAACACCCACGGCCUAUUGAACCUCCUGCUGAAGCAGCUCCUCCUCCACCUCAACCUUUGAAGCUAACCAAGAAAGAACAGAAGAAACUCCGCACCCAGCGUCGUUUGGCUAGGGAGAAAGAGAAACAGGAGAUGAUUAGGCUAGGUGUGGUAGAGCCACCAAAACCAAAAGUCAAAAUGAGCAAUCUUAUGAAAGUUCUUGGUUCAGAAGCAACCCAGGAUCCCACUAAGCUUGAAAUGGAAAUCAGAAGUGCUGCCGCCGAGCGUGAACAAGCUCACAUCGACAGGAAUGUUGCUCGUAAGCUCACUCCUGCAGAGCGCCGUGAAAAGAAAGAGAGAAAGCUUUUUGAUGACCAAAGUAUGCUAGAAACUGUAGUGUCAGUUUACAAGAUCAAUGAUCUGUCGCACCCUCAGGCCCGCUUCAAGGUUGACAUUAAUGCCCGGGAGAAUAGGCUGUCUGGAUGUGCUGUGAUUUCAGAAGGGAUAAACGUCAUCGUCGUCGAAGGUGGUGCCAAAUCUAUCAAGAGAUACGGGAAGCUUAUGCUUAGGAGGAUAGACUGGACUGCUACUGUCGAGAAAGAAGAGGAGAAUGAAAAUGAUGACGAGGAUAAACCUGCGAAUAAAUGUGUGCUUGUCUGGCAGGGGAGUGUUGCUAGACCAAGCUUUAAUAGAUUUUUUGUCCAAGACUGCAGAACUGAAGCUGCUGCAUACAGAUUCUUUUCAGAUCAUGGGGUUGCCCAUUAUUGGGAUCUUGCCGUUAAUUUCACUGAGGAACAAGAUUGA